AUGGGUGCAGCUAGGUGGUGCCAAUGGUUGCUCAUAGGAAUGGUCAUCGUCGUCUCUCUAUGUCGUGCCACGAGUCAGACAGAGAUCUCAGGAGGAAGCAUCAGCGAGCCAGAAACAAUCUUCAGUCCUGGUUUCGUCGAAACUCAAAAAGACGAUGGGAACCAGACCGAUCUGGCACUGAGCACGGCUCGCAGACGACGAUACGUCCGGUUCCCGACCGGUCCAGCUGGCUACCUCUUCGAGGGUGGCGGUCCUCCGAUAGGAAGAAACAUCGGUGUCCACCCUGGCGUGCGGUUCCCUUCGUGGCGACAGCACAAGUCACUGUGGAGGAGUCCUGUCUCGGAAUACAACAGGCCAGUGAUGGGCCAUCGAACUCCGCGUCUGAUCUUCCGCGACAACGACUUUCCAUCCCCGGUGGGUGGCAGUGCACCCUCCUUCUUCCAACAGACCAACCAUUUGCCAGAUUUCGAGGACGACGCCAGAGAUCAUCGAAAGCAAACGCUCGACGAUUAUCCUAGGUUAGAGUCAGAGUCGCGUCAACAAAACAGACCGCUGUGGAAGGGUGACGAUACGUUGUGCGCCGACGGACGAAGCUGCGAAUUUUUUCUAAUGUGCUGGAUGUCCGCUGGCCUAUUGGACGGCAGUUGCGGCGGUAUUAUGUACGCUUGUUGUCAGCGGCGAGAACCGAAAGGUAGCUCUGAUUAUAACCUGAUUGAGGCACCUAGAGAUCAGUCUCAGCCGCUUCCGUUGGAUACUUACACGGAGACCGCCAAUGAUGAUCGCUGCGGUAUUCCCGCCUCGAAGCAAACCGCCCAAAGAAGAAUCGUCGGCGGCGAUGAAGCGGGUUUCGGCAGUUUCCCGUGGCAGGCGUACAUACGGAUCGGGUCUAGUCGAUGCGGUGGCACGCUCGUCAAUCGAUUCCACGUCGUCACUGCUGGCCACUGCGUAGCCAAAGCAUCGGCUCGUCAAGUCCAAGUGACCCUCGGUGAUUACGUGGUGAAUUCAGCCAGCGAAACCUUGCCAGCUUACACUUUCGGCGUCAGGGAGAUCCGUGUCCAUCCUUACUUCAAGUUCACUCCUCAGGCUGACAGGUUCGACGUGGCUGUUCUUCGACUGGAUCGACCGGUUCAUUAUAUGCCUCACAUAGCGCCGAUUUGCCUGCCUGAGAAGAACGAUGACUUCCUGGGUCAAUACGGCUGGGCUGCAGGAUGGGGCGCGCUGCAGGCUGGUUCGAGGCUGCGCCCGAAGACGCUUCAAGCGGUGGACGUACCAGUGAUAGACAAUCGAGUCUGCGAAAGGUGGCAUCGGUCCAACGGCAUUAACGUCGUAAUUUAUGACGAGAUGAUGUGCGCCGGAUAUCGCAGUGGCGGUAAAGACUCCUGUCAAGGUGACAGCGGCGGACCACUGAUGUUGGAGAAAACAGGACGAUGGUACCUGAUCGGUAUCGUGUCAGCAGGAUAUUCCUGCGCCCAACCGGGUCAACCAGGGAUUUAUCAUCGCGUGGCGAAGACUGUCGAUUGGAUAACGUACGUCAUAAACUCGUAG